AUUUCGACACACCCACGAAAGGAAAGAGGACAGCGUCGACAACACGCUGCAAGCAGUUUCGAAUGAAAUUUCCCUUGUAGAGCUAAACGGCUGGAACGUACCCGACUUCUGCGGUAACUGGUUGUGUCCAAGGAGACAGUGUUUCAAAUGUCCACCGCAAAUUGGAAGCCGUUUAUUUUCGGGGGACUGGCGUCUGUUACGGCGGAAUGUGGUACCUUCCCCAUCGACCUGACAAAAACUCGGCUACAAGUACAGGGGCAAGUCUGCGACAGUAAAUACAGAGAGAUCCGUUACCGGGGAAUGCUGCAUGCACUCGUAAGGAUAUGCAAAGAGGAAGGUCUCAGAGCUCUGUAUUCAGGAAUUGCUCCUGCUAUGUUACGUCAGGCCUCCUAUGGGACCAUAAAGAUUGGCACUUACCAAAGCUUCAAACGUCUGCUGGUGGAAAAUCCAGAGAAUGAAACGCUGAUCACGAACGUGCUGUGUGGAGUACUGUCUGGCGUCAUCUCCUCCUCGAUCGCCAACCCCACAGAUGUGCUCAAGAUCCGGAUGCAAGCACAAGGAAGCGUAAUUCAGGGAGGCAUGAUGGGAAAUUUCCUCAGUAUCUACCAGCAGGAGGGAACACGAGGGCUCUGGAAGGGUGUAUCCUUGACAGCACAGAGGGCGGCAAUUGUUGUGGGGGUAGAGCUGCCAGUGUAUGACCUCACCAAGAAGCACCUGAUCCUCUCGGGUUACAUGGGGGACACGGUGUACACACACUUCCUAUCGAGCUUUGUGUGUGGUCUGGCUGGGGCGCUGGCCUCCAACCCCAUUGAUGUUGUGCGGACGCGCAUGAUGAACCAGAAGGCUGUGCUGGAUGGGACUUGUGUGGGCUACAAGGGAACUAUAGACUGCCUCCUGCAGACGUGGCGUUCAGAAGGCUUCCUUGCUCUUUACAAGGGAUUUUUUCCCAACUGGUUGCGACUGGGUCCAUGGAAUAUCAUUUUCUUCAUCACGUAUGAGCAGCUGAAGAAGAUCGAUGUGUGACCAUUGGCAAAAGGAUGAGGAGAGAAACGGCAGAAUUCGAAAUGACCAACAGGAUGCCAACAGUCAGCGAAGGUUCUGGGAUCCUCAGGGACUGGCUCUGUAACCAUGCUUGUGCUUGGAUACGUGUAACGUGUGGAGCUACAUGCAUGCUGGAACAAUCGACCGGUACCAUAUAUAGGUUACUAGUCAUGUGAUAAAGUCAAACUCCAAAUAGCACCAGUGCAUCAUCUUGCAAUACAAUGCAUUGACCUAAAAUGUGUGUGUGCAUAUAUAUGUGCAGAAAUUUAAAUGGAUACACAUAUUUAUACAUACAUAAAGAGAGAUGCAAGUUGGCGGGAUGAUAUCUUUUCAGACCUGGUCACUUGAGCUCUAAUUUCCGUUGGGUGAACUGUGCCUCAUUAAGGCAGGAGACUGUUAGGGAGAGCAAUCAUAUGUGCAUCAUUUCAGAAUAUCAUGGAAUGCAUGACAUGAUUCACUUGAGUAGUCUAGAAAUAUUUGUACAGGUUUUGUGUAUAAAAAUACCGUUUGAGGUUAUUUGCCAUUGGAGUAACCAAAGCAACCUUUCGGUCAGGCUGGUUUUACGUCACUGCUUUCUGUUCUGUUUUUAUAUUCAUUGUUUAUUACAUAUUGUCAGUACAGUCCAAAUGCCAAGGGGAAGUCUGUUUUUAUGUGCCAUUAUCAUAGUUGUUGGAGCAGUACUUAAUGUUCUGUUUGUUACUGUCUUCUACAUUUUUUAUACAUGGAAAUGAGAAUACAGACAGCUGAUACGGAGAUUUGAGGUUCCUGGGGACUUUUACAGAUUCUGUGCUGUCAUGUCAUGUGACAUGGUGGUGAUCAUGUGAUCAUUCUGCUAGGAUGCAGGAAAGGCUGAAAGAAACUGCACUACACUACAUGUUUGCAUGCAUUUCCCAACAUUGGACUUGUACAUUACUGUACAUUAUCAAUCUGGUACUCCAAAGCACAAGUCACUUUUUUGUCCCAGUAUAUCACAGAUACUAAAUUGAUGAGCAGUAAUAGCUGCAGUUAUGCUGCAUAUUGACUUCUAAAGGGUUUGUUCUACUAUCAAUUUGUGUCUGUGUUUGGGAUGGUUUUCGGGUAAGCCUCUAAUUGUUUGAAACAUAGUGUACAUUAUUAGUGUUUUGGAGGUGGUCUGAUUUAGCCCUGAUUUAUGUAAUGUACAUAGAGGCCAGAGUGGGCGGUCUUGAGAGGUAAUGGAUCCCUGUGCCCUUAACAUUUGUACACAGAGUACAGAACCUCAUAACCGUGCCAUUUAUAACACAGUACAUUAGUUGGCACUGCUUAUUUCUGUGUCACAAUCAGUGUACUGAAAGAGUUCCUGGAAAACAUACAGACCAAAGACUGUAAAUGCUUUUGAAACGGGCAAGCUGGUUUAUUGCAGAUAAUUUCAGUCCUGCAGACAGGAACAAAACAAGUCGUUUUUUUUGUAAAAAAUGGAGACAGAGGUGUGGAUUACUUUAAUUCCUUGUGGGAAAAGAACCGGAGACCAUCCUUUUCAAGGUCAAUACCACUGGAGAGAUUUACCACUACUGUUUACCUCAGUGGUCAUGUUGUAUUGACAGCUUUUACGGUUGUGUAAUCGAGCAAUCCAGCUGUCCUCAUUCCAUCUUUAAC